AAUCGACGGUUGGGUGAAAGAUGUAGAUGAAAAAAACAUGGCGGCGACCUUAGUGAAAGCUGCUGGCAAGAUUGGUGUAGCUGUUGGGGCAGUAGUUGUGACAGCGAGUCAGGGUGUAUGGAGCACAAACAAUGAGAUGGGGGUCAAAGCUUUGAAUAAAGUUCGAAGUAAAGUACUUCCAGCUGCAAAUGAAAUUGUCGAAAAGAUUCCUACAAGAGAAACAGUUAAAAACAAAAGUUGUAACACAUGGAAUUCAGGUGUUAAGACGGUCUUUUCGUCUCUGUCUACGGCGCCAGAGAAAAGUGCAAACUACAUACGAAAAUCUAUACAAGACUUACGAAAAUGACAAUGCUUGUGUUAACUUUUUAUGUUUACUUAUAUAUUUUAAUAUGUCAGCAAAUAUGUCACUGUAUGACUGUCUUUCAUCUUUCAAAGAUGAAUGUUUUUGGGAAAAAAACAUGUAUUAGUAAGUGAACACAUAUUGACACUAUUCAAUUUCAGUAUGAUUACAUAUUCAUAUUACACAAAUCGUCACCGUUCUCCAUGGACUAAGAAGGUUUUUGUUUUACAUAAAAAAAUAGAACAUUCAGAAGAGGCAAGCCUUGAAUAAUUAAGAUUUUUUUUUUUUUGCAAAUUGUUAAAAAAAGCGAUGCCUGCAAAGAACAUUCGGAUACAUAUUCCUUUGAGAUUUAUGAAAAAAAAAAUUUAGGUGAGAAAACAGUUUUUUUUUGUGUUUUUUUUUCAGAACAAUAAUCAAUACUAUAUUUUUACUUUUCAAGUUUGUAAGAAGUAUUCAAAUGCAGAAAUUAUAAUUGUUUUGUUAAAUUUGUUAAAUAUCAUAUCUAUGAAUAAAACAGAUAAUGUUCUUAUAACA